AUGUCUCUUAGUCCCGAAGAACUAGCCUCCUUCAAUGACAAUGGCUUCCUCGUUAGAAAGGCUUUUGCAACAGCAGAAGAGGUGCAGGAGAUGAAGGAAGAGAUGGCAAAGCUGCUGGAGGGUUGGGAUCCCGAGGACAGCGUGGAUAGUGUCUUCACUACAGGGAGGGACCAGCAUGUUAACAACGAGGGGAAUUGUAGGUACUUCCUCGGUAGUGCGGAUCAUAUAAGAUUCUUUCUGGAGCCAGGCGCGGUCAACGAAAAUGGCAAGAUACGGUCGGACAUUCCGAAGUCGGAGCUAGUGAAUAAAGUAGGGCAUUCUUUGCACGUUGAUGACCCUGUUUUUCACAAGUAUAGCAAUUCCCGUAAAGUGUUGGAGAUGGUUCGCGAUCUCGGCUAUCAGGAUCCUGUUCUGCCACAAUCUAUGUACAUCUUCAAGCAACCAUUGAUUGGUGGCGCAGUGACUAGCCAUCAGGACUCCUCAUUCCUCCACACUACGCCCAGACAGACCUGUUUGGGCAUGUGGUUAGCCUUGGACCCAGCUACCCUAGAGAAUGGCUGCCUUUGGGUCAGACCAGGAAGUCACAAGGAGCCUUUAAGGCGAUUGUUUGCUAGGACCCACGAGGGAGGCGAUCCCCACUUCAAAGAUAUCAACAUGGACAGCAAAGGUAGCAACAGGAGCUUCAUACCGGUUGAGGUCGAUGCAGGGGAUCUAGUGGUCUUCCCUGGUACGGUCGAUCAUCUCUCCCUACCUAAUACGUCACCCAAACAGAGGCAUACAUACCAGCUUCAUCUCGUCGAGGGUCCUGAGGCUGGCAUCACCUGGUCUAAAGAGAACUGGCUGCAAUAUCCUGCGGGGAAGCCCUUUCCCUCCCUCAAAGCGUGA